AUGGCUGAAGAGGACCUACAUUCAAAGAGAGCUUUCAGGCUGGUGCUGGUGGGAUGGGCAAAGUCUGGAAAAAGCGCCUCUGGCAACACAAUCCUGGGCAAAGAAGAGUUUCUUUCAGGGAGGAAAACCUCCAGAUGUGUGAGCCAACAUGCUCAGCUGGCAGGAAGAGAGGUGACAGUCGUGGACACUCCCGGGUGGACGGACUUCUCGGUGCACGAUACUCCAGAGUCUACACAAAAGGAGAUCAUCAGCAGCUGCGUUCCUGCUCCAGAUGCCGUCUUACUGCUGAUUCCUCUAGAAGUGAAAAUUAAAGAGAGUUACAUUGGCUCAGUGCUUGACCACCUCAGGCUCCUCGGGGACGCACGUGCAGAUGGCAAACAGGUUGAAGAGCUGCUGAUUAAGAUUGAGAACAUGUUGCUAAACAACAAAUUGAAUGAAGUUCCAGAGGAGAUAAAACUUUUCUGUGACGAGAUGCAGGCAGAAAACACUGCGACCCAGAGUUCAGGGGUGGGCUGUGAAAAGCCUGCAAAGCCAACAUCAGGUGGUAACCAGUGUUUUCCAGAGCUGCGGCUGGUGCUGCUUGGUUUAUACAAAUCUGGCAAAAGCUCAACCGGCAACACCAUCCUGGGAAGUGACAAAUUUGGAGAAUGGACAGACAGGUACCAGAAGGAAGAGGCAGAGGUUGCAGGAAGGAGAUUAGUGGUGGUUGAUACACCACCAUUGCAGAAGGCCUCAGUGGUUUCACCUGAUCAGAAUAUAGUGACCUGGGUCUGUCAGUGCCCUCCUGGCCCUCAUGCUCUUGUGUUUGUUCUGAACCUGUCUUCAAGCUUCACAUCACUGCAGUUGACGUUCGUGCAAAGAUACAUGGAGCUACUUGGUGAGCAGGCUUGGGAACAUCUCGUUGUGGUAUUCACAGGAGCUGAUGUACUGGAUGGCAUGGACAUGGCGUCCUUUCUAAGAAACAAGGACGUAAGCCUCCAAAUGUUCCUCGACAAGUGCGGGAACAGACAUUACUUGUUCAAUAACAGGACCAGACGUUACAGCACUCAAGUCACAGACCUUCUUGAGGGGAUUGAAAGGUUAUCCUCUCAACGCAGCCCUGGGUUUUAUGAGAUCGACAAAGCUGUUGCGACAAAUAUGGAGGAGAUGAAUCUAGCUCUGAUCGAAAGGGCGCAAAAGAGAGCACAAAAGGUUGCCGCCAAAGAGCGUGCCCAGCAAGUCAUCUUCCGCGAGGGAAUUGCGCAUCGACUCACUGAGGUACGAAUUGUGCUACUUGGUGAAAAAAGGAGCGGGAAGACCACUGCGGCAAAAACUAUGGCAAAGUUAUUUUUUGAAGAAGACAAAAACAAAUGUGUUGCCACUCGCACCAUCAUCGAUGACAGGACGGUCCUGGUCGUGGACACUCCCGGAUGGUCCAUUCACACGCGGAGGGGUUCAAGUCAAAAGCAAGAUACGAUCAAAGAAGCGCUGUCCCUCUGCCACCCUGGGCCACAUGCUUUCCUCAUUGCUGUGAAUUUGAGAAACAGCUUCACAGAGAAGCACAGAGCUGCCCUGGAACACAAUCUCGCUUGCCUCUCGGACACCAUGUGGAAGAAUGCCAUCGUGCUCUUCACCUUUGGGGAGAGGCUGCGAGGGGAAACCGUAGAGACGUACAUCGAGAAUCAAGGUGAGGAUCUAAAGUGGCUCGUGAAACAAUGUGACAAAAGAUACCACGUUUUUAGUGACACGCAGUUCAAAGAUCUCCCACAAGUCAGAGAGCUGCUGAAGAAGAUAGAUGGAAUGGUGGAAGCAAACAGUGGACAGUACUUUAGCGACAUCCUCUCCCAGAUCCACAGUGAGACACCUUCCAGUGAGAGGAGCGACCCCCUGGACGUGGAGGAUGAUGAUUUUGAAUACACACCCAGGGAGAAGAGGAUGAUGGAAAAG